AACUUACUUAAAGGAAAAUUCGUUCAAAAUGGCGGCGUACUUGGCAGUUGUCUGUUGUGCAUAAUAGGUUAUCAGGGUGGUGUGACUGUAUGUGACCGAUAAUUGUUGCGAGAUCCUACGAGAAGCUAACGUACAAAUAUUCGAAAGUAGUAUUAUGAUCAUGUCCAGAUAAGAUUCGUGUACACGGCGCGUUUUAAUCUCCCGUAUAUUUUGCGUAUCCGGAAGAUAAUGGCCGAAAAUGUCACCACAACCGACGACGAGGUCCUGAAAAAUAUUAAAACCCUCCUCUGGGGUUCGACCGUCAAGGAGGACAUUUUUAAGCGAUGGGCGCAAGGCUUUUACUUCAGUAUAGAUGAACCUACCGCACUUGUACAGAGAGAAGGGGGGCCUUGCGCCGUGAUAGCCUCGGUUCAAGCAUUUAUCUUGAAACAAUUACUAUUGGAAAGCGAUGUCACAACUUGGAAUUCUAUCCAGUCCAAAAAGUGUGAUCAAUUACUUGUAAAAGCUAUGAUUGAAAUUAUAAAUCAAGCAGUUAAUGUUCAGGAUCCCAAGUAUUCAAUAGUAUAUGUCAAUGAUUCCAAUGACUUUGUGUCUGGUAAAGAAAGCUCUAAUUCUAAAUUGACAGAGCCCGCAAUAAAUUUAGCCCAAGAUACUAGCGAAGCUAAUCAAAUUAAUGAAACUAAUUUGGUCAUAAAACAAACGCCAUUGGAAUCGGAAGUUUUUCAUUCUCAAUUAAGGAUAUUUAUUACAAGAAGCAUUGAUGAUGUCGAGGAUUUCUUCACAGAACGGAUUGGAAUGUUGAAAGAUGAGUAUGGUGUAUUGCUGCUACUUUACACAGUGAUGUGUACAAAAGGAGCUUCGGAAAUAUGCCUUGAAAUGUUGGAACCCAUAGAACCCAUGAUUGAUUCCACCUAUGGAUAUGGAAGCCAAAAUUUAAUAAAUUUAAUGCUCACUGGCCGAGCAGUCAGUCACGUUUGGGAUCACGAUCAGGACAUUAGUGGAUUAAAGUUACGUGGAAUAGAUAAACAGAAUAAAGUGGGAUUCUUGACUCUGUUAGAGCACUUACGUUAUUGCGAAGUGGGAACAUUUCUAAAGUCUCCAUCACAUCCAAUUUGGGUAGUGGGAUCAGACACGCAUUUAACCGUGCUCUUCUCCACAGAGAAGCGAUUAGUAAGUCCGGAAACACCAGCGGAACGAGCGCGAAGAGUUUUUAAACGCUUCGAUCCGGAAGGGAAUAAUUUUAUCGCUGCAAAUCAACUGGAAAAUGUAAUGGCGGAAUUAGGACUAGUAACUGAUGCAGAAUAUGUCAAUAUCAUAAGAAGGAAAUUGGAUAGUGAAAAUCUAGGAAUAAUACUUCUUGCAUUGUUCAUGGAUGAAUUUUUCCCUGAGGAACCAUGCAUGUGCCCGGAUACAUUCGUCUUGUAUCACUACAAUGGUCUGCAACGUAGCAAUCCGGAAAAUAGAGUGAAGUAUCACAUGGGACAAGCGGUAUUGCUCGAGUGCACUGUGAAGUGUAUCAUGGAUAGUAAUCCAAUGCUAACAGUCCUGCAGACAAAGUGGCCAAGAAUUGAGAUACAGUGGGACAUAGGGCGGAAUCCUAGUUUAAAUUAGAAUUUAUAAACUGUAAUAUACAUACAUACACCAAACACAAACACAAUAGGGCCGAACGCAUAGAGUGACAUGACCAAGCGCUUCUAUAGAAUAUCGUUGAGAGAGAGAAUUAUCACUUUAAGAUCGUAGUCUAGUCAAAUCGGCCAUCCUCUGAUUCGUAUUGGUGAAUAUUAUAAAGAAUAUUGAUUAUAUACCUACCAAUAAAAAAAAUUUUUUUUUUUUUCACGGAAAGUAUCUUUAACACACAUGGUUAAAGAGAAAAUCUAUUUCAAGUAUUUUAUGUCAUUUAAUGUUAAAAUAAUACUGCACUAUCUAUGUCAAUGAGAUUCAAACUUAUUUUUAUGAGGAUGUUUAAUAUGUAUUACCAAGACUACAAUCUCUAGUUCUCUAAUUAUAUAUUUUGCACAAAAGAAAAUAUCUCAAUGAAAUUUCUUAGCAGAAUAGAAUUUAAUGAUGGUCGAUUGCAAAUAGUUUAUUAUAAUGACACAAAACAAGGUUCUCAAAAGGAUUCUACUUAUUCGCGCAGUUUACUUCAUAAUAAAAUUAUUCAUUUUAUGGCGGAAAACAAUGGAUUCUCUAGGCGAGCUUAAAUAAAAUUCAUUUUGUUGUACAUAUUAUUAAAUGAUAGAUAAAGUAUAUUAUAUAAUAUAUAUACAAUUAUAUAAUAUAUAUUAUAUAAUAAAAUAUUAUAUAUGCGAUGCCAUCAUUUUGAAACUUUGAGUGCGUUAUUUCACAAUUUUUGCCAUAAAUAUGAGUCAUGUUUUAAAAAAAGCGACUUUUUAAUCAAAUUAUUAAUUUUAUCAGCUUAUUUUGAUCAAAAUUUCAAAUUUUAUUUUAUUUUCUUCUAAUAAAUAAUGUAGCAAACUUAUGAAUGCUGUAAAAAUCAAUGUGAGAUAAAAUGGCGCAUUUUCUCGAAUAUUAUUUAAUAAUUUUCAUUUAUAAUUGUAAUUUUUAUUUUCGAUUUCUUGAUCAAUGUUUAUUUUAUAUAACUAUUGCAAAAGUGCAGCAAUGUUAAAUAAACUUACUACUUUUAAUUAAAAAUAGUUAUUGCAAUCUGACUUAGUCUUGCAAUUAUUUGCAAUAAUUGAAACCCAGAUAAAGAUUUUCUACUAAUUAUAAAUUGUGAAUUCCAUUAUUUUUUAUCUCGUUAUUCUUCAAUUAUAUACACAUUUUAAAUCAUGUUUUGAUAUACUAAAACAGAUCAAUUUUAUAUGCUUGCAAUUUUAUAUUUAAAUUUAUCACUAUAUUAUCUCUAUUUCAAGCGUAUAUAAUAUUUAUUAUUGUCAUAUUUACAUUGUAUAAAUCAGGCACGAUCUAUACUUGUACUAUUUACAACUAGUAUGUAUGGAAUGGUUUGCCUUACAUUAUCAUAUAAAGAUUUUUAUUUACUAAAUUUUAAA